AUUGAUGAUGUCACGUAAUGCUGACGCUUAACUUUGACUGGGAUAUCCACCGUUAGCUAUAGUGUGGUGAUAUAAUCCCAAAGCUGUACAAAAUGACUACUAUGUUCGCAGACACGAUACUUAUCGUCUUCAUAUCUGUUUGCACCGCGUUGCUGGCUGAAGGUAUAACAUGGGUGUUAGUUUACCGCACAGACAAGUACAAGAGGCUCAAAGCUGAAGUAGAAAAGCAAAGCAAAAAGCUGGAGAAGAAGAAAGAGACGAUUACAGAGUCUGCUGGACGUCAACAGAAGAAAAAGAUCGAAAGGCAAGAGGAGAAACUCAAGAACAACAACCGAGACCUGUCAAUGGUCAGAAUGAAGUCCAUGUUUGCCAUUGGUUUCUGCUUUACAGCAUUAAUGGGCAUGUUCAAUUCAAUCUUUGAUGGGCGGGUUGUAGCAAAGCUACCGUUUGUUCCCUUGUCCUACAUCCAAGGCCUUUCUCAUCGCAAUCUUCUGGGUGAAGAUUACACUGACUGCUCUUUCAUCUUCCUCUAUAUUCUGUGCACCAUGUCUAUUAGACAGAACAUCCAGAAGAUGCUGGGCUUGGCUCCAUCUCGUGCAGCCACCAAACAAGCUGGAGGGUUUUUGGGACCCCCUCCACAAGCUGCCAAGUUCUCAUAAACAUGUUAGACAAUACACAGGUUCUCUUUUUUGGUUGUAGACAUACUUUGGGUAGACUUGAAGCAAAAUUAUAUAUUAAAAUGCAGUAGCUUCCUGGUUACCUCACUGUACAUAUUGUUUCCAUGUUUAAAUUUGACAAUGAUUUUAUUCAAACUCCAAAUAUUUAGAAUAGUUCAAUAAUGGCAAAUAGUCUUUCUUUAAAUGGUUUUGGUUAAUUAAUCACAUUUUGCAUACUGUGUGAAGGUGGAACUGCUAAACGUAGAUUAUUUAACAGUUUCAUUAUGGCUGGGUCACCUGUGCUUGUCAAAAGGAGGGAAAUAGACCAUGCUUUAAAAAAUACUUUCGUUAUUUUAUAAAGGUCUCCUUUCAAUUAAAUAUGACACUUUCACUAGAAACUAUUUAAAUGUAAACGAUAACAGUGCUAUGUCAAAAUAGACCCUUAUUAGAAAUUGUUGUUUCUUCUAAAAGUUUUAUAUGGCAUUUUCUAAUAUAUUAAACAUUAUAACGUAUAAGAGGCCAACUAUUUCAGUGUUGGGCCCCACUGGUAUUGUGUGAUAUUUUUGUCAGCUUAUUUCAGGCAUGGGGACAUUUAGGCAGCUUGGGAGCACUGUACUUUUUGAUCUCACCAGCUUUGAUUAUUUCAACCUGCAUGCUACGGAUGUUAAGGAGUAUUCACCUGGAUAAAUAGAAGAAAAAAAAUCACAGAAAGGUUUUCAUUUUAAUUUUAUUACCAUGUGCAUGUAAUUCUGAUUUCUAUAUCAAUGGGUCAUUACAUAACUGCACUACAUAAUGAUAUAUGUUAGUAUGCUCUUUUGACCUACCUGAUAAACUGUCAUGUGUUCUCCACUUUCUUUAUUUGACAUGUAAGACUAAUAUUUGGUAUGGAUUUUAUUUAUGCAUAUGUGUGAAUGUGUUUAUUAGAUUAAAAGAGAUUAAAUUGUG